AUGACACUCGCUACCGCGCUGCGCUUCCUGCUGAGUUCUGCCCCAAGAACUCCCCCCCCCAUGGACAUCACCCUCUACUACAUAGUCACCCGACUCCCUGACUCUCUCCGCGUAGUCAAGGACCACUUCCUCUCAGUUUGCCCCACCACUCUCACCGUUGACCUCCUGAAGAAGGGCCUCCUAGCAGCAGAGAAGAACAUAGUCGCUGUAGGAGCCUCUCGUGGUGACCCUCGCACCCCCGUCUUUGAGGGGUGUUCCCCCUCCCCCCUCUUGCCCUUUAUUGCUUCUGCUGCUGCGGCCGACCUCGUUGGUUUCAAGUCGCAACAGCUGAGUGGUGUGACUCUGUCCCCUCAACAGCUUCGUCAACGCGGCGGGCGUACUGGUCCCUGCAGUUACGUCCCCCGUACUGGCGACCGAGCUGAUGAGCAGUGCGGGGGCGCGCACUCCACCCAGCCCGGCUUCAGUCGCCUUACGGACGCGUGGCAUCGCCAGUUCCCUGAGGCGUCAGAGAUCCCUCGCUGGGGAGAUAUGUCUUUGGCAGGGGUUGCCAUCUUUGAUCUUGACUAUGAUGCUAUCCUUGCUGCCAUGUAUUUUGUAACUACUAUUGUUGAGGGUGACAGUUACCUGUGUGUACCGUUUGACCCGGGCAUUGAGGCUACUGCUCUAAGUGCUGGUGAGGCUGCUGCUCUAGGUGCUAGUGCGUCUGCUGCCCCACGUGCUAGUGCGUCUGCUGCCCCAAGUGCUUGUGAGUCUGCUCUCUCAGGUACCACGUCGGCUUAG